ACCCAUCACAGCAGAAUAGGAGUAAAGGUGUGAAUCCUGCCACCUAAAGAAACCAUCAGUGGCUGUUGCUAUAAAAGCUCUGUAUAUUUCCAGAUCAGCUAACAAGCAGAGAAGGUGGAAAUGUUAGUGUGCCUGAAGGUUUCUGUUUAAGUGCUUUUGGGGGGUUUCUACAGGGGAGAUGGACGAGGAGCGACCCCGAUCCAACACUGUGACCACCACAACCAGUUCGUACAGUGAGAACUUCUCCAGCAGUGCCAGCUUCUCCUAUGACAGAAACUUCAUCUGGACAGCACCAGGACUCUUCCUGCUGGCAGAAAUCAUAUUCGGUUUGUUGGUCUGGGCACUCAUCGCUGGGUCUGAAUAUUUCCACUUCCCUGCGUUUGGCUGGGUGAUGUUCAUAGCUGUAUUUUCCUGGGUUCUCACAGUCUUCUUUUUAUUAAUUUAUAUUACGAGGGCUUACACAAAAAUCACCAAGGUUCCUUGGACAUUGGUAGGGCUGUGUUUUAACGGAAGUGCCUUUGUUUUAUACCUCGUCGCUGCUAUAGUAGACGCAAGCUCAAUUUCAAAGGAUAUUCCCCGUCGCCAUAAUUACAACAGCUGGACAGCAUCAGCAUUUUUUGCCUUCUUGGUUACGGGCUGCUAUGCUGCAAGCACAUAUUUCAGUUUUCAAGCUUGGAGGACGAGAAGUUAAUUCAAUGUUGAACUCACAACUGUCUAUAUUUAUAUUGUAAAAGCCAGAGCGCGCUGCACCUUCAUAUCAUUUCACCUUUAUAAUAUUUAGUGUUUUAGAUUUACAGUGUGGUUAUUAAUAAACAUGGGAUGGAACUCGAGUGCAUAAAUAUUUUUAAUGCCUGUUCCUAAAAACCGAAGUAUAUUUACAAGAUGAAUGUCUAUUUUAAUUUAACCACUCUAUCGUGUAACAUGAAAAAUGUCUUAAUUCUAAAUAUAUAUUGUGCCACAAAAAACUGUAAUAAAAACACUGGAAAAAAUA